AUGUGUGGAAGUCGGGUCUACAGUACUGAAAGAAUCCAAGUUGCAGCUCAGACAGGUGAAGGCAAUAAAUUUACAUCAUCUGAAACAAAUAUUAAAAUGGAAUGGUUUAUGGGCAAUAUUAUGGUUAUUCUGGGUUUGGUAUUCAUAUUUUGGCUAUACAAGCGGUGCCAAAAUAAAAUGAGAGGCAUCAUCAGACAAGAAGUGAGCAGGUCAAUGUUGCAGCAACACCAUCAAAGGCCAGGACUCCCCUUAGAUGACGCUCGCUUAGAUGACGUCCACCCGGAAUGUGCAGGGUUGGCAAAAUAUGGACAACAACAUAGUGAUGAAUUUCCCAAAGAUCCUAAUCUAGCAGCUUUGUGGAAAGCAGCAUGUGGAUAUAUUGAGGACGAUGUUACCACACGUAUUAAUAUCUGCUCAAAACAUUUUAAUCCAGAUGAUUAUUUAUUUCCUCAAAAUAAAUACUUAAAAUCUGGUGCAAUUCCUACCUUAUAUCUGCCUCAUAAUAAGGAAAAUGCUUCUCCCAAUAAUAUUCAUUGUCCAGGUAAUGAAGCUGCUGAUAAAUCAUUAAAGUGUGAAUUUAAUGAGACAAAUUAUGAAAUAAAAGCUGAAAUCACAGAUUAUAAAGAAAUGCCUCUCAGUGUGAUGCCUCUGACAUGUGACAUGGGCAAUACACUUCAAGCUGUUGAACAAAAAAAAAGAGAGAUGCCUGAGGACUCUACCCCAAAUUCCAAAAAAAAUUGUGAUUUUGUUCAAAAGCAAUUAAGAUACAAGAUUAAAAAGCUACAACAGGAUAAAAGACGUCUUCUUAAGCGUAUUUCUUCUAUGAAUAAAUUAAUUGAGGAGUUAAAAAGAAAAGCAUUAAUAAGUGAAGACUGUGGCAAUUCAUUAAUGGAAGCUGCUGAUAAAUCAUUAAAGUGUGAAUUUAAUGAGACAAAUUAUGAAAUAAAAGCUGAAAUCACAGAUUAUAAAGAAAUGCCUCUCAGUGUGAUGCCUCUGACAUGUGACAUGGGCAAUACACUUCAAGCUGUUGAACAAAAAAAAAGAGAGAUGCCUGAGGACUCUACCCCAAAUUCCAAAAAAAAUUGUGAUUUUGUUCAAAAGCAAUUAAGAUACAAGAUUAAAAAGCUACAACAGGAUAAAAGACGUCUUCUUAAGCGUAUUUCUUCUAUGAAUAAAUUAAUUGAGGAGUUAAAAAGAAAAGCAUUAAUAAGUGAAGACUGUGGCAAUUCAUUAAUGAUGGUUCAAAAUGAGCAAAAUGAAAUAGUAUUACAAAAUGAAGCAAUAGUGACUGAUACUCCUACAAGAAAUUUAACACUGACCAAUAAUAAUAAUAAUAAUAACGUUUAUUUAGAAAAUAAUGAAAUUAUUUUGGUGGAUGUUCCAUCGAUGGAUGAUGAUGACCCAUUAUUUCCUCAAUGUGAAAAUAUUGAAGUGGAUACGAAUAGUAAUUCUGCGCUAUUUUCAAAACUUGAUAAAAUGGACAGUAAGAUUGAUGCAUUAGGUGUAAAAUUAGAUUAUUUUAUUAAAAGUAAUGCUAAAGUAAAAACUCUAUUGCAAGAGGUUCUUCGAAGGACUAAUAAUGAAAGAGAGAUUGCUGUAAAUGACGCAAAAGCAGCAAACAAGGAGGGCAUUAUUUCAGAAUUUAAUUUUCCACUCGACGAUACCACAGCAAUUGACGAAUUGGAAAACAAAUUAUCCAAUAAGAAAUUUGAACAAAAAAUGGUAAAAAAAGUUCACUAG